ACAAGAUAAUAUGGGCAACGAGCUGUCCAUGGGAAAUGAACCUGUGCAUGGUUCUUCCAAUGUCCGGAUGUCCGAGUCUUCUGCAACCCCACAGCUCUGUGACGUCUCAUUUUCCUACACGUCAGCUUGCAUGAUGGCGUGUAUGCUGGGUGCCGCAGGAAGAAACGCUAUGAUGAAGCAACAUCUCCGGCAGGCCACGAUCUCUUUUCGGCAGAUGUGCUUGGCCAAGAGCCCCUUCCUACUCACUGCAGCGAGCAUGAUGCUGACUUGGCUCCUGGUACAUGCCGAAGGCAAACUACCGGAGAAUAUCAUGAGGACAUCCUUGCUGGUAGCCCGGGAUGCACUUGGCAUGUGCGAUCCCAUCACUGUCCUAUUGGAAUGGAUGACAGCAGCAGCCGGGGGCAACAAGCUCCAAAGCUGUGCUAUAGACUCAGCCACACUCCUGCAACUCUGGGAAGGGUUCCGACGAACCUUGGGAGAGGACCAUGGUCACGCCAUCGUUGCCAUGUAUUGUCUGAGCUUCCAGCUGAUGUUCGCGGAUAAGGAUUUUGCACAGGCGGAACAACAUCUUGAGCACCUGUGGACUGUGUCUGCCAGCGCCUUUGGUUCCGCCCAUGUCCAGACGAUCAACAUCCUCGCAACGUUAAGCCGCGCCCAGUCCCGACAGAAGAAGUUCCUUUCAGCACUAAAUACUAUUAACAUGAGCCUCAUGGCAGCUCCAUUGGGACUGAACCACCCUCAUCGGCUGGAGCUCUUGGUACGGAAAGCCGUAGUGCUCCGGAAGCUCGAGCGCUUGGAUGAGACGGAGGUCCUCUAUUGGAUCGUGGUCAAAGGCAGAGUUGCAACGCUGGGUCUUCACCACAAGACUACCAUGGCCGCCCAUGAAAGUCUUGUGGACGUACUGAAAGAGAAUGGUACGUGGGAGGCCAAGAAAGGCGAGGCACAUAAACUCCUGGGUGAUUCGCAGGUCAGUGUGUUAGACCAUGAAAGCUGGUGGCGUCAGGUCAUCGAAGCAUAUCGCAUCGACAGAAUGCAUGAUCGUGCUUCGAGUGACGAGGAUGAUUGAGGGAUGAAUGAGUCCGACAAAUCCGGACUGAAGGUGCACUAGAUGGGUGAUGAGAUCAGGCAAGCCGGCAGCGGCUUGUAUCGAAAGAAUCUUACGCUGCAUACCCUCCAGCUAGCACGACGUGUACACUGUAAGUGGUGUCAACAUACCAUGAAGUCAUGAUGAUUCGGUCAUCAGUAGUGACCAUGCAUGGAGAGUUUAGGAUGUGAGACUCUCCCACGGUGGUUUGUCUGCUUCCUCAGCCCCUCUCUACCCCCGUUAGUACACACGUGAACAGCAAAAAGGUCUCUAGGUCUUCUCCGUAGGUUCUUGUCGGACACCCAGCGCAAGUGCUCUCUAGGAGACAGGCAUUGACAAAGGCUGAAAGGAAGACAAUACAUCGCCGCUUUGCUCCUGCCCGCGCAUGUGAGUACUUGUAACCAGACACGAAGUUUCUAAAA